AUGGAUCAUACUAACCCCGUUUACCUGUCUCAUCCGCAAUCCGAAAAGGACUUUCUGGCUCAAUACUACGCUAGGCUCUCUUUAGCGGAUACGGAUGCGGACAAAAAAUCUCCCAUUCCUACAAGUGCCCCUUCCACUAUUACAAUUGCUAUAGAGACUACGGGCACGGGAGCCAUAGGCCUCACCAUUACUAUAAUUACGGGCAUCGCGGGUAUAUCCACGCGUACUAUAACCAGACCGGACGGAACCGUCCUCGUCCCACCUCCCAUCCCCGCCCACCCCAGCUGUGAACUCUCCCCGCAAAUGGCCAAAGCGGUGAAAGACUAUGCGAUCGAGCAUUGUUGCGAUUAUAUGAAGGCCAAGAAUCUGCUUAGAGACAAAGUCCUCGAGAACACUCAGGAGAAGCUCAUAGAAUUAUUGCAAAAUGAACUUGAUCGGAUGAGCAGCGAGGAGGAGGAUGAUGAUCUCGACCUUGACUCCGAUAUGGAGGAAGGUGACUGGGCCUUGGAGGGUUAA